AUGAGGAUGAAGAAAUGCCGAAAAAAUGGUGGAAUUAGAAUCCCCUUUUACUAUCUACUGGCUGUCACUGUUGUUUUGAUAUUCCUCAUUGGAACAGUGAGCGCCAGCUAUGGAGGUGGCCACGGAGGAGGUGGUGGUGGAGGAGGUGGUGGAGGAUACUACUCCUUUGGCUACAAGGUCCAUGACGGGUACAACAAUUUUGGACAUUCUGAGAGUCGAAACGGAGGCUCAACUAAAGGCCAAUAUCAUGUGAAAUUGCCUGAUGGUAAACUCCAAACUGUGAAUUACCACGUUAAUGGAUACUCGGGCUAUGUGGCCAAAGUGAACAACGGAUACCGCUGA